AGGCGCUCGCGCAUUCGUGGAUCAGACCUCACCGAAGACGCAGCGGAGCACAGAUUUCUUGGAUUUCAGUUUAGCAUCUCGAGAUUGCGCAAAUCAUUUACAAUGAGACAUUUCUAGUAAAUGAACGCGUCAUUUAUCGUUCUGUAACGGAGGAUGUAUGUUUCUCGUGUGCUGUGUCAUUUACUUCAGAGCAUGCCACAUUUUCUCCGAUAUGCCUAAUGGACAAAGAUAAUUAAAAUGUUAGAAAUCUCCGUGGUUGGAAUGCUUCACCAUGUUCUGAUUUGUACAACUCGAGACCGUUCGACUACCUGUAGGAUUGCAUCAAGCGCGUAAGGGAGGCGGUGAUGCCCAGGAGGUAAUGCGCAUUAGUAUAAUGUGAGACAAUUCGGGGGAUUUUGCACUCGAACGAAGGUUUCUGUGCACAUCGUGCACAUUUGUACCAGGUGAAUAUAAGCUAAUGGAACCACCGUAAUCUCAAGGAGAGCCGACGGCACGUUGUUUUUGAAGAGGCGUUGGGAUGCUCUACGGUUAUCCUUCAAACCCAUUUGAAGAUGUACAGAACACGGAGACAUUUGCAGCAAUACACGCGUACCUGUACCAUACCAGCUCCGUCUGAAUGGCAAUACUUGAAUGUUUGAAUUCGUAAAAUCAUAUGGCAAUAGUUGUCGCAAUCGAUCGAAUGAAUGAUCAUUCCUGCAUGAGUGUGCAGAGUGACUAAUCGCACCUGGACCACAGUAAAACAGGACGGAUAUGAAUCAGACACGCGUUUUGAUUGCUGGCUUUGAGCUAGCGGAAAGCGCUCUGUAGUAAAGUUGCAGUGGCCGAACUACAGGUGCUAUAUGAAGAUCAGGACACAAUCGUUAGAUUGCUCUCGCAGAAAUGCCAGUGCGUGCUGUGACUUCCAGGUUCAUGUACAGGGGACUUUGUUCAAUUCCAGAUAUCCUCUCCUACAAGGCUCCCGUCAGCCUCCCCGAGGAUGAAGUGGAGGAGAUCCGUGAAGCCUUCAAGGUGUUUGAUCGUGAUGGGAACGGAUUCAUCUCAAAACAGGAGCUAGGAGUCGCCAUGCGGUCUCUUGGUUACAUGCCAAAUGAAGUGGAGCUGGAGGUGAUCAUUCAGAGACUGGACAUGGAUGGUGACGGUCAGGUUGACUUUGAAGAAUUUGUAGCACUUCUCGGACCAAAACUGUCUUCAGCCGGGAUGCCCGACAGGUUCCACGGAGCCGAGUUUGACUCCAUAUUCUGGAAGUGUGACAUGCAAAAACUGACUGUGGAUGAGCUGAAGAGACUCCUGUAUGACACCUUCUGUGACCAUUUGACUAUGAAAGACAUCGAGAACAUCAUCAUGACUGAGGAGAGUCACUUAAACAGCGCCGAGUGCCAAGUAGAUAUUGACACAAGUCCCAUGCAACAAGUCAAGCACACCUGUGUGCGCAAGAGCUUGAUUUGUGCCUUCGCCAUUGCAUUCAUCAUCAGCGUAAUGCUCAUCGCAGCCAAUCAGAUGCUUCGAAGAGGAAUGAAAUGAACAGUUCUGUUUCGAAGACAAUGAAUGACUGACAAAAGGAAACAAGGUAAAAAUGCAAAAAAGUCCACCAAUUUUACUAAUUUCUAAUGAUCACAGUUUUACAGAAACACCAAAGGCUGCACUUUCAUAAACUCAAGGUGAAGACAGACUGUUGUUAGACAGACAAAAGAACAAUUUAGCCCAAAACAACAUAGUUUUAAAGUGUCUUUAUCAUUAUACUAUAGUAACGGUCAUUGUCCUAUAAAAUAUUUUUUUUUCUUUGGCUUAUGUUACAAAGUUGACAUCUAUUAUAAUGUAGCACUUAAAAGUAUUGUAAUGUAUGGUUGUAAUCCACUUUAUAUCAACAUCAUGUCAGAGUUAUUAUAUAACAUGACACUAUGACAUUGACAAAAUUAUUUCCCCAUUUCGUAACAACGCUGUGUGACCAGGUCAUGUACGUUACACAGUUUUAGGUCCAGUAGAAACUACACAAACAUGGUCUCAAACAUCACCGGUUUGAUCUUUGGGGAUAUUUGUGGAUAAAGAAUGAAAAGAGGGAAUAAACAAAUGUGUCAACACCAAGUGUAAAUCACCACGAGUAGUUAGGCUUCGAGCUAUUCAAAAAGAAAAUGAAUGUACUGGAAAUUUACCAGUUAUAAACUGUGAUGGAAAAGAGAGUAUAAAUUUGGUGACAAUCCAAAGUGUUACUGAAUCUAACCUGUGCAAUUGUCUUGUUAACUGGCAAAAACAGUAUUUCUUCCAGUCUUGACUCUCAGGAUUGUUUGUUGACAGGUAUUUUAUUAAAUUGUCUGCUGGUUGUGUGAGAAAAACUAUUGUGAAAAAUGACUGAAUAUUACAGGCUAUUCGUAUUGUGUGCCACGUGAGACUAAAUGUUUUUUGUCGAUAUCUUGUAAUAUAACUGUUCUGAGUGUUAAUACAUAUGAUUACAUAUUUGCAUGAUGUGUUUCCUAGCAUUUUGAUAACAUCAGUGUUGUCAAUGAAUAAUCAGUCUGUAUCAGUAUUAUCAUUACUUUCUUUAACAACUUGUGGAUUUCAUUGUUCUGGGGUGUUGUGGUCUGUAUAAUGGUCAGUUUUUCAUUUUUAAGUUGACAUUAACAUUCUCUCAUCGUAAAUGAGUUUGUGUCCACACUUUGGUCAACUGGAAAAUUACAGGUUAAUGCUGCAUUCCGUAAUUUUUUUGUUUAAAAUGAUCCAAAAUCAAUUACUGAGCAAGUACACAACCAAUCAGUGUUCAAAACUAUCUCAUCUGAGCCCAAUUCAUGACGGUAAGCUUGUAAUAACGUUUUCUUUUUUAAAUGGUUCAUAUCGUUCCUCUUUACAUCAUUACGUCACGUCUAGAUGUGGCAGUUGGUAGAUUAUUUCUAGCCUUUACCUACAGCAGCUGGAAAAAUACUAGUUAAAACUAGUCACAAACAAAUUACAUGAUGAUAAUGAAACACAUGUAAGUGACUGAAAUUAGAUUAUAUUCCAGUUUUAAAGGUGCAUCAGAUUACAUAUAUAUGGGAUUACACUGUACUUCCAAAAAACUUGUAUUUCAAAGAGAAUGAGUUAUAAGGAACAUUAAAUUGCUUUUUGAGGUUAAAGGAGAAUUCACCUCCAGAACAAAAAUUUACAGAUAACGUACUCACCCCCUUGUUAUCCAAGAUGUUAAGAAUUCAUUUUUUUUUUU